UUUCACAUCACGGGGAUUUCCUGUUGUUGCGGGGGCGAAAGGGGCUAACUCUAUAUAAGGAGGAGGCCGUAGGGAAGAUCCCACAUCACUUUUGGGACCAGCGAUCAGCACCAUGCCCCACAGGACCUUUCCCAUUCUGCAGCCCAGCAUUUAACCCGAGCGGAAUUGGAUCGUUCAGUGGACGCAGGACAGCGUCGCUGCAGCCCCUGAAGUGAAAGACCAGACGUGGGACAAGCUCAGCAGCAUCUGAGAGAGCUCACCUGGAGAAUUACUCUUGGCUGAAGUGAACGUGCGACAUAGGUGCAAAGAUGAGUUGCCAGGAAAUAUUCGUGAGCAUCAUAACACCAACAGGAAUAAUGUGCGAUAUUGUUAAAGCAAGUUACUCUUCCAGUAACUACACACCCCUACCUAAAGAAAGGACACAAAUUGCAGAAGCAGCAAAGCGGAAAGCAAUUGAGAUUCUGAGAGAUGCCCUGAAGAAGAAGGACCGAGUGCUGAUGGAGAAGCCCCAGGAGCUGGUUUUUGGCGAUAGUGGAGAUCCCAAAUUCUGGAUGGAACGCUAUGCGAUACUGACAGAAGAGUUAGUUCAAUGCCUCAUCUCAGAGCUGGAAGCUGUGAAGUUUAAGGAGGAUCUAACCAGGGAAAAUACUUAUGCUUAUGUUUAUCCAAAGUCUGGAGACAAAACAAUGUAUUUGUGCCCGCAAUUCUGGAAGGCUUCUACAGAUCUUGGAGAAGGUUCUCAGCCAGGGCUUCUUUUCCAUGAAGCGUCUCACUUCCUGGGGACAGAUGAUAUCACCUAUUCCAAGGAGAGCAUCUCUGUUGCCUGCAGAGGGAAGUUGGCAAAGUUGAAAGUUGGUUCAGAAUCCAGUGUCCCAGAUCUGAAUUCCCUUGCGAAAGCAAUAUUAAAUGCUAACAACAUUGAGUAUGAAUUUGAAAUUACCCUAAAUCACAAAGGAAGAUACAAGAAUGGAAAAUACACCUGCUGUGGGGAAAAAGCCGUGAACUCAGUUUGUGAGAGAGCUGUGCCUGAUGAGUUUCUUACCUGCGAUUUCCAGGGAAGUUUUCCAGGAAGGAAGAAGAUCAAUGAAGUGGUGCAGCCAUUAUUGAGAGCAAGAGACAAAUUGCAGAGACACUUCCCUGAGCUUCAGAAAAUUGCAGAUGAUAUUGACGAGGUCCACAGAAUAGCGACAAUAGCAAACAUUACUGGAGGGACAGUGGGAAUUGCCGGGGGGAUAACGGCCAUUGCAGGCCUCUGUCUCGCUCCUGUUACAUUUGGAGGAUCUCUGAGUCUCUCUCUUGCAGGGCUUGCGGUUUCUACAGCAGGGGGACUGACCAGUGCAGUCGCAACCACCAUAGAUAUGGUGGCAAGUAAAUUAAAGAAGGAGACAGUAGAGAAACUCUUACAGGAGUGUCAGACUGAGCUGAGAAAGAUCAUAAAGGCUAUACAAUGCUUGGAAAGUUAUGGAGACAUUGCUUUUAUGUUUCCAGUUGCACAGAUAGGGGCAGGGGCAGGACGAGCUGCUCUUAACAUCCCCAAAAUGGUCAAAGCUGGUCAGCUCCUGGCUAAUGUUAGUCAAGUUGCAAAAUUUGCAGGAACUGCUACCCGCAUUCUAACAGGUGUCACAGUGGCAUUAGAUAUUUUCUUUUUAGCAAAGGAUUCUGUGGAACUCCACAAUGGCGCAAAAACGGAGCUGGCAGCUAAAAUCCGAGAAGCAGUCAAUGAAAUGGAGCAAGUGAUUGGCCAAGUCAAUGAAAUGGAGCAAGUGAUUCACCAAGUCAAUGAAAUGUACAAGGCACUAACUGCAGAUAAACAAGAGUGAAUUUGGGGCAAAAAUAAAUGGCUCAGUUCUGUAAGAUGCUGAAUGUCCAUCCCCACGGCCUUCCCCAGGGACUGGAAGGAUUCAGCACCCCACGUCAUCCUGCUCUUACGCCUAGCGAGAGUGAUGUUCCUACAGAAUAUCCCCACUCUUUAUUUAUUCACAUUCAUGAUUAUUACAUUUUACACAUAUUAAAACCAGUCCUAAAAUUAGUCACUGAAUUUCUUAGUAACAGCCGUAGUUAAAGACUUUUCCCACAAUUAAAAUGGUAACAGGGGUGGAUAGUGCAAGCUAGAAGUUCCAGCUUGCUUCCUAACCUCAGUCUGUGCCCAGCCCAGCACUGUUGUUUUGUUUCUUUCUAACCAAUUGUGAUUUUUUCCAUUUUUGGUUUCAGCCCAGAAGAUAAUUUUGGAAAAUUUGAGAAGUUUGGAUCAGCUAUUUGAGUUCAAUAUGUAUUAAGAAAACCACAAACAGCCCCAUACGCUUCUCCUCUAAAACAGCUGAAUCCAUUCUGUUCAAACUUGGCUUGCUUUGUAGAUCUCAUUGAGAUUUAACCACCAGGUUUGAAGAAAGUGAGUUAUACAGUCUUAACAUUAUGAUCUUUUAAUAUUGUUCAUAAUGUUCUAUUCCUUUAAGAGGAAAAUUCAAUUCCAUGCAGUCGACUCACUGAGUGGAUUUUCAGACAGAAUUUAGGCUGAAAUCCUGUCUGUUGUGCCUGACUGUUAAAGAGAUCAGGUGAUGUCUCUCAUGAGCGGAUGUUGCCCAAUGUCAUUGUACAGAGUUUCUCUACUAUUGUGCAGUGUCCUGAGGGCCAGCUGGCUGUUGCCCUUGAACCAGGCCACUGCAGUUCAAUGGUUCUGUAUUUAAAGAACGUAAACGGCUUCAUAUGAACAUCAAUAUCACUGUAACUCCACUCAGUGAGGAACUGUUGACCCUGGAUGGCUGCUUUAGGGCUUGAUCCAGCACCAAUCACUCUGGUCCAGUGACAUCAAUGGGACCACACGGAUGCUAAAAAUUAAACACACACUUAAGUGUUUUGCUGGAUCAGGAUCAGAGCACUCAGCACUUUGCAGGAUUGAGCCGUCCCUCAAGGAAAUUGAUUUAUCCUGAUAAUAGCACAACCUCCAAUUAAAGGAAAUUAAUUUACCUUGUUGCCAAGUAGAUGGAGUUUAAAAAGGAAGCAAUAGUGUGAAAUUCCACGAUCUGGUCUUUUCAUAUGCCAGUUGCCAAAUAAAGACUUGAUCUGAAGCACAUGGGUUGGUUUUUAAGCCUCAAUGAGCUUUAUAAAUGAGUCGGAUACCGUGUGAUUUAGGAGUCCCCGGCUUUCUUCCUCUAACUGCACCUUGUUCGUUAGGUGCAAUGAGACACUGUGUUACUGGAGGCACAGUGUCUGUCUGUCAGAAGAGGUAAAACCAUUCUGUCUCCGGGUGGCUAGGAGACACUAUUCCAUCCUGGUGGAUGAUGACCUGGUCUUAGUAGUACAGGACUGUGUCACCUCUCAGAUGGAUACAGCAAUACAGCCAUCCUUAGAGGUGUUUAAGGCCCGGCUUGACAAAGCCCUGGCUGGGAUGAUUUAGUUGGGAAUUGGUCCUGCUUUGAGCAGGGGGUUGGACUAGAUACCUCCUGAGGUCCCUUCCAAUCCUGAUAUUCUAUUAAUCUGGCAUAUGUGGCCAUGAGGCCAUCAGCGCUUAGGAAAUUCUACCUAGUCCACUGCAGCACGUCUCCUCAGCAACACUGGCUACUGCAGGCACAUCACACCUCUCCUCCAUUCCCUACACCAGCUUCCCAAAGAAGGUCAAAUCAAGUUUGUGGAAGCAGAGAAAGAACUGACAGGAAGGGGGUUGCAAUGCAUGACAGUUUGUUAGCAAGAGUCAGGCUAACUGUAACCCUAAUAACGCAAGAUUUGUAGAAGCGAGGAAUGUGUGAGGCGAGUGGGAAAGAACUGUGUGAGAAGUUGUUGCGACCUUGUGUAGAUAAUGUGUAGAUAAUAUGGAAUGUAGACUAAGAGUCUACAUUAGUGAGAAAAACAAGAUAUCAGAAUGACCUAUAUAUAAAUAUAUAUAUAAACAAAAUGCAGCUGUUGCUCAUUAUUGUCUGUAACAAAAGGUAUAAAUGCUUGCUGUAAUUGUUUACCUGUUGAGAGACCUGUUUAGCUCUCUCCCUCUAUGCAAUUGAUAGAGAGAAAAUAAAGUAUCUGACUUGCUGU